AUGCCCUGCAAGGCAGAAACAAGUCAAUGUGGCGAUGCCUCGUGUCAAAGUCGUCCCCUCUUCCACAACAUCCGGCAACUGCCUCGCUCUACUAUCCCGCGCAUUCUACAUGAAAUGAGGAGUCUGGAACGCAAGGUAUUUGCUCCACGUGAAGUGUUCCCUUUGGACGAUAGAGUCCUUCAGCAGCGCAAUAUGGAAAUUGUUGUCGGACUUUUAGAUCAAGCGGGAUGGCCGCCGGUUGUCGCCUAUGCUGUUGCAGUGAAAUGGAACCAUCGGCUUCUUCUCCACAAGAUUUGCGUAUCCCCAGCUGCAAGAAGCCAGGGUAUAGGUAGCUUGUUGAUGCAAAAGGUCAUCGAGGAUGCGAAAUGCUGGUCCUGUCGGGCAAUCGAUCUCUGGGUCGACGAAGCAAAUCAAGUCGCCAGGAGCCUCUACUCUAAAUGUGGCUUUGUCGUGCAGGAAACCGUCAACGACUACUAUUCCCCCGGUAAGAAUGGAGUCAAAAUGGUCCGAGUUUUGCAGCCUUGA